UGCCUUUGGCCACAUUAUAAAUUGAUGCAUAUUUGCUUAGAAUUAUAUUGUAGUCCACUAAGUUGAAGAACCCACCAAAGAACAGUGACACUUGGAAUGAGUACAUCCAAAGAGAACGAGAAGAAGAGAGAAGGAGAAAGUUCUUUUUGUUCCAUGCUUGCCGCCGUCACCGACUCAUGUCUAUUCCAAGGGUGUCGAUUCUUACUUUAAAGCCAACUUCUUCUUCCUUGUCAUCGUCAUUUUCCAUCUUCUUCUUCUUCUUCCCCGGAAUUCUGCCACCAUGAAGCCUCAUGCGAUGAGUUGUCUCUGUCACAGGCAAAACCACCUUAAAACCAUCCCUAACUUGCUCUCUCUGUGUGUAAUAAUUCUCUCCUUCCUUGCCCUCUUGCACUUCUCUUACCGCCAUGUUCUCUUCCAGUUGAGCUUUUACGCCUGUUCUAAUCCUUCCUCCUCAUCCUUGGCUUCUGCAAAUUCUUCUUCUUCUGCCAUCGCCACCGCCGCCGCCACCGCCAUCGGUCCUCCUGGUGUUGGUGGUGCUAAUUCUACCAGCGGCGCAAAUGCAACCGCAGAGUGUGACAUCUUCCGAGGGGAAUGGGUUCCAGAUCCGGAAGGGCCUUACUACACCAACGUCACCUGUACCAUGAUCCAGGACCACCAGAACUGCAUGAGGUUUGGGAGGCCGGACAGGGAGUUCCUGCAGUGGAGGUGGAAGCCGGAGGGCUGCGAGCUGCCGCGCUUCGACCCGCACCGCUUCCUCGAGCUCGCGAGGGGCAAGUCCAUGGCCUUCGUGGGCGACUCCUUGGCCAGGAACCACAUGCAGUCCCUACUAUGCCUCUUGUCCGGGGUGGCGUAUCCGGACGACAUAUCGAACACCAGAGACGAGAACAGGCGCUUGUUCUACAGCGACUACAACUUCACCGUCUCCAUCUUCUGGUCUCCGUUCUUGAUCAAGGGCGGUGCGGCCGGCGGAGUCGAUAAUCUCUGGAACCUCUACCUCGACGAGGUGGACGACAACUGGGCGGCUCGCGUCCAGGCGGUGGAUAUCCUCAUCAUCUCCUCCGGCACCUGGUUCACGCGGCCGUCCAUCUAUUUCAAGAAGCGGCAGCCGUUCGGGUGCAACUAUUGUGCUCAGUCGCCCAACCUCACCAGGGUGUCGGUGUACUCGGUCAACCGAGCGGCCUUCCGCUCGGCGUUCAAGGCCAUCGGGAAGUUGCGCGGGUUCAGAGGCGUGACGGUGCUGCGGACGGUGUCGCCGUCGCACUUCGAGAACGGCAAAUGGGACCAGGGAGGGAGCUGCAACCGGACCCGGCCGGCGCGGCGCGAGGAGACGAGGCUGGAGGCGGUGGAGCUGGAGAUGUACCGGGCGCAGGUAAAGGAGUUCGAGCGGGCGAGGAGGGAGUGGGAGCGGAGAGGACUGCAGCUGAAGAUGAUGGACGCGACGGCGGCCAUGCUGAUGAGGCCGGACGGCCACCCCGACGUCUACGGGCAUCGCCCGGAGCAGCGCGUGCAGCUGCACAACGACUGCGUGCACUGGUGCUUGCCGGGACCUAUUGAUCUCUGGAACGACUUGCUGCUCCAAAUGCUAAGCAACUGAGCGAGCGAGCAGAGCGGAACACAGCAAAUUAUACCAUGAUUGUUUUGUUUGCCUCAAGAAACAAAAAUAUAGCAUGAAAGAUUGGUUGUUGAA